GCGGCAGAGCUCGAGCACUCGACACCAGCGUCUAACGGGAUGGCGAGCCUGACCAUGCCGCCGGUGCCGGCGUGGCCGCGGCAGGACGCCAUCGACCUCCACAAAGCAUUCAGAGGGUUCGGUUGCGACAGCACGACGGUGACCAACAUCCUGGCGCACCGCGACGCGACGCAGCGCUCGCUGAUCCAGCAGGAGUACCGGGCCGUGUUCAACCAGGACCUGGCCCGGCGCAUCGCGUCCGAGCUGAGCGGCCACCACAAGCGGGCGAUGCUGCUGUGGAUCCUGGACCCGGCCACCCGCGACGCCACCAUCCUGAAGCAGGCGCUCACGGGCGACAUCACCAACCUGCGGGCGGCCACGGAGAUCGUCUGCUCCCGGACGCCGUCGCAGCUGCAGAUCAUGCGCCAGACGUACCGCGCCAGGUUCGGCUGCUACGUCGAGCACGACGUCACCGAACGCACGUCCGGCGACCACCAGCGCCUCCUGCUCGCGUACCUGGCCAUCCCGCGCGCCGAGGGCCACGAGGUCGACCCGUCGACGGUGACGCUGGACGCGCGCGACCUCUACAAGGCCGGCGAGCGGCGGCUGGGCACCGACGAGCGCGCCUUCAUCCGAAUCUUCAGCCAGCGGAGCUGGGCGCACAUGGCGGCCGUUGCCCGGGCGUACCACCACAUGUACGACCGCCCCCUGGAGCGCGCCGUCAAGAGCGAGACGUCGGGCAACUUCGGUUUCGGUCUCCUCACCGUGCUCCGCUGCGCCGACAGCCCCGCCAGGUACUUCGCCAAGGAGCUGCACAGGGCCAUGAAGGGGCUGGGCACCAGCGACUCGGUGCUCAUCCGGGUGGUGGUCACCAGGGCGGAGAUCGACAUGCAGUACAUCAAGGCGGAGUACCACAGCAUGUACAAGCGCUCGCUCGCCGACGCCAUCCACGCCGAGACGUCCGGCAACUACCGCACCUUCCUCCUCUCCCUCGUCGGCCGCGACCGCACCUAGUGAUGACGAUGAUCGCUGUUUCGUCUCUCAUCUAUGCCUCUAGUAGCAACAACGUACGAGGCGACACUGGGCGCCAUUGCCACUCGCGUGUGCUUGCUAUUCCUGUUAUCUCCAUGGAAAUCUUCCUCCUUGUAAAUA